AUGGCUGAUGCAGAUAAGCACCAUGGUGACUGGUGUAAGUUAGUUCUCUUUGCUGAAGAUGGUUAUGAUGCAAUACAACAGUUGCUGAGUUACUUGAAUCCUAAUAAUGAAGCUGUGAUUCAAGCUCACAAGAAGCUCACCCGUAUGCCCAUUUUUAUGUUGCAAGUUGCAAGUUCUGGGGGUAGUUCUCAAAGACUUCCCCUCCUAAACUUUGACAUUCCUCUGGAACCGUAUGGGAGAGGAUUUCGGUUACGUUUACGAUGUGGCAAUGAAGUUGAUUGA